UGACGUCAAUCCUGCGCCAGCCCCGCCGGCCGCUACGGAAGCGGUGUUCUGUUGCUGCAGAGACGGCUGGCUGUCGCCGAUGGUUGCGGUGCGGGGACCAUGACGGGGAAGAAGUCUUCCCGGGAGAAGCGGCGCAAGCGGAGCGGGCAGGAGGCGGCCGCUGCGCUCGCGGCCCCGGACCUGGUGCCCGUGCUGGGCGGUACCGCGGGCGGCUGCGGGAGCGGCGGCUGCUGCGGGGGCGCCGGCGGCGGGGCGAGUGUGGCGGGCGGCGCGGAACGGAGCGAACGCCGAAAGCGGAGGAGCACCGACUCGUCCUCCAGCGUCUCGGGCUCCUUGCAGCAGGAAACCAAGUGUCUUCUGCCAACUCUGGAAAAGGAAUUAUUCUUGGCAGAGCACAGUGAUGUUGAAGAAGGUGGACUGGAUCUGACUGUUUCAUUAAAACCAGUUAGUUUCUAUAUAUCAGACAAAAAGGAAAUGCUCCAGCAGUGCUUCUGUAUAAUAGGAGAAAAGAAGUUACAGAAGAUGCUUCCUGAUGUGCUGAAGAACUGUUCAGUAGAAGAAAUUAAAAAACUAUGCCAGGAACAAUUAGAGCUCCUGUCUGAAAAAAAAAUCUUGAAGAUUCUUGAGGGUGACAAUGGUUUGGACUCUGAUAUGGAAGAGGAGGCAGAUGAUGGCUGUAAGGUGGCACCCGAUUUAAUCAGUCAGCAAGACACCUGUGUAGAUUCUGCUUCAUCCCUGAGAGACAGCAAACAACCAGAAGGUUUGGAAUCAAAGCAAGGAAUCGUCUUCUGUGCUGCCAUGCCUGGUGAAUUCAGGACUGUUGCUUCACGUGCCCUUUUUGGCCUGUGGUUGUUCCUAUGGAUGAGUAGAUCCAUUUCCUGUUACUUCAUUUUGACCAGAAGUGGAGCUUCCUUCAUUCUUGGUAUUUUCAUGGAGUGUAAAAUCCUGUCUUGCCUUCUCUUGCCGGUAUCGGCACUAAGGCGCUGUUCUAUUGUCUUCUGGCCUCCAGAGUUUCUACGUAAGUCCAUGGCAUAUAAACUGUUACUCUCAUGUGUCAUAUGUCAGUUUUUAGACUGUCAUCAUUCAUAUUUUCAUUAUUUUUUUGUCUUCUCAUGUUCUGAGACUCCAGUUACUUAUACAUUAGCCCUUUUGACAUUGUCACAAAGAUCCCUGAGGCUUUGUUGAAAAAAAGUUUUUUUCUUGUUCUGAUUAGAGAAUUUACUAGACUAUCUUAAAACUCACUGAUUCAUUCCAGUUUUACCUCAGUUUUUCUGUUAAGCCUGCUGUAUAGUACCCUUUAAAGUCUUUUACAUUGUAUAUUUCCAUUUUGAAAUCUCCGUUUGGCUCUUCUCGUGUUUUCAGUGUCGUUAUUGAGACACCUGUCAAUCCAUUGUCCAGACAGUACUUUACUUUACUAAGCGAGGCCAAAAUAGCUGUUGUCAUACCCGUAAUAGUUUAAUAUCCAGGUUGUUUGCUUACCCUUGGUAGUCUUUAAAAGAAGACAAAUUAAUGUAAAUGGAACAGAUAUCUCACUACCAUUUCAGUUAAGCAAAAGAACAUUUUUAACACUCCAGAAUCUCUAGGAUUAUUUGCAUUUUGUUUAUUUCUUUGUUUGCAUUGGCUUUUGGUUUGUUUCUGAAGAAUGAGACUAUUUAUUAUGUUUAUUUUUGUUUAUGAUUAUGUUUUCAUGUUUAUGAUUCCAUUUAUAUUUAUGAUUAUGUUUACAAGGGAGAUAAAUUGUCAAUUCUUGAAAAAGAAGAGAAAUAGUAAGGUGCUAGGGCAUAUCAGUCAUCACAGCUUCACAGCUUAAAACCACAACGAAGAGCCUGUAAACUGCCAUCGGAAUGUUUAAAUUGACAACCAAGCAGCUCAAGCUCUUGGACAUCAAGGGUGGGACUAUAAUGAGUACAUUAUUUUGGAGCUUUAGCAGUGUGACUUCUGGAGCUGAACAAUAACUUGUGGUCUAAUAAUCUGACACCUACAUGUGUGCCUGUUAGAACUGUGUUUUGUAUCACACUAGUAGAGCAAUGUAAGAAAGGUUUGUAGUAUUUUCAUUGUUGCUGUUGUUUUUUGUUUUGUUUUGUUUUUAGUUAGUUUGUUUGUGUUUUGAGACAGGGUCUCACAUAUCCCAGGCUGGCCUGGGAAAUCAUUUUGUAGCUGAAGAUGGUUUACAAAUGUAUACCACUGUACCCAGUUUAUGCAUGGCUAGACCCGGAACCCUGGGCCUAAUUCUGCAUGCAUGCUCUCUACCAGCGCACCAUAUCCUCAGCCUAAAGUGUUCCCAGUAUUCAUAAAGCAAGAAGUUUGAAAAUGUCCCAAAUAUCCAUUGAUAGCAGAAGGAGCAAUGAACUUGUGUUCUGUUCAUAAAUUAGAUUGUUAAUAUAGGAAUGAGUAUGAGCAAAGUGCUGCAUCUAACAAGGAGAGUUCCACAACAGUGAUGCUGAGUAAAAUAAAUCUUACAUGUGAUGGGCUGCAACAAGGACCUUUUCAUCAGCCAAGUGAUGGUUAAAUUGCUAUGCUUUCUUUGCAGACCCAUCAAACAGUAUUAUUUAUGGAUUCUUCUCUAUUAUACUUCAUAGAACAAUCCCUAUUGUAUGUCUUACUCUUUUAGGAAUAUUAUCUAUUUAGUUACAUUCUUAGCAUAUUAAAAUGUAAUUUUUUUUCUGUAUUCCACAUUUAGGAGGAUAUUGGAUUUCUUCAUUGAAUUCUGAAUUUAGUUUCCAUGAGCACAUCCUUAGCUGUUCUAGUGGCAGUACAUGUUUCUCUUGAGUUCAUUUUACAUUGGAGUUAUUUAGGAAUAUUUCUUGUGUGUUUUGUAAGCAGUCUUUGAGAAUCUUUCACGUGAAAAUGAUUUCAAGGCUUUGAAGAAGGAGGUUCAAGAUUAUUCUGAUAUACUUUUUAAAGAAGUAGCAUUGUUCUUGAAGCUAGUGGAACAUUCAGAAGCAGAAUCGUUGUAAGAAAGUGGACCUAAUCAUAGAAAACACUGGUUCAGCCAGGCAAUGGUGUUACACACCUUUAAUUCCAGUACUUGGGAGGCAGAGGCAGGCAGAUCUCUGAGUUUGAGGUCAGCCUGGUCUACAGAGUGAGUUCCAGGACAGCCAGACUUACACAGAGAAAACCUUAUCUCGAAAACCAAAAGAGAAAAAAAGAAAAAGAAAAAGAAAGAAAGAAAGGAAGAAAGAAAGAAAACACUGAUUCAGUAACUUCAAGAAAAGGUUGUAUGUAAUUGUCUGUUGCUGUGUAAGUAACCAUCCUCAAUUCUGUAGCUUCAAAAAGUAGGCAUUUCUUGGUGUCACAGUUCCUGUGGGCCAGAACUUGGGUCAGCUUUACUGGCUUGUCUGGCACAGGAUCUCUCACAGGUUACAAGUGAGGUGUCACUUGGGCUUUGGUCUUACCUGACGGCUAGACUUGAAAAAAGAUCCACUUUCAUGUUCACUUACGUGAUUUUUGGCAGGACUCAGUUCCUUGUGGGUUGUUGCACUGUUCACCAUAUUACCCCAAACUUUAGAGGCCAGAGAUUUACACCUCUAGAUCCUUAAGUUGGAGGCUUGUGCUGGGAUUUAAAUGGCAGUGACCCUGGCACUUGCAAGCUAAUGUACUGCUUUGCAAUAGUGAGUAGCAGGCAAUGUCUGCUUCCCUUCGAGCGUCUGAGCAGGCCUCAGUACUGGGGACUCGCUCUGAUAGCAACUGCUGCUGUAGCUCUUGGGCCUAGGAUAUUGGUAUCCUUUUCCCUUUACUUCUUCCAGUAAGGAAGGCCUGCAGUUUCUGGCCUUUGCUGUCUGUCAGUUGUGCUCCCAGUCACUCUCUUGAACCUGUCAGCCUACCCUUUCUUGCUGUUGCUUCCAUCUACUUUUGCUAUCUCUUUACCUCAGCCUGCUCUACUAUUGAUGGUAAAAAUCAAGCAAGAAAAGACCACUGCAAGGUUUUUAAUGGCCCUAAUACCGCAAUAUCAGGAAUCAGCACAAAGUGUCUCCUGAUGAAAAGUGAGCCAGAUAGCCUGCUUAUCUAGCCAGAAGAGGGGUGUGGCAUGGGUAUUUCAUCAUUUGCAUGAAAGACUAUGUUUAGAUCAAGCGCAGUCAGUCUCUACUUGUCUGCUAAGAAAAAGGCUCUCCCUGUGGCCUGUAUGAAACAGCUUCAGGAGCUUAAGGCUUGUGAUGGCAAAAAUUCUGGUGCAGGUUAUUUGAAACAGUCAUGGCUGGAAGAGUGUCUUCUGGGGCUGGAAUUGUGCUUUGUCAGCAAGAGAUAUUGUUGACAUGGAGAGUACAAAGCAGCCUGUGCCACUAAGAUGGUCCAGCUGGCUGCCAAGGAGGGGCUGCUUGUCUCCCCUACCUCCACUCUAGGCACCAAGGAGUCUAAUAGUGGUCAGAGUACCCAGCACAAACAGCUUAUUAAAAGCAACAUCAACAAAUAAACAAAAAAUCAGAAAGUGUUUACAACAAAUAACUGUCAUUUAACAUGGAUAGUGCUUUAACAACAUUAACAGAGCUCCACUCUUAGCCAAGCACCAUGGGAAUUGGGUCUUUGGGAGCCAUCCCGGUAGCUAUUACACUGACCUUUCUAAGUAGCCAAGAGAAUAAUGUGUGAAACAUUGGUUUAGGGUACACAUCAGAGUUUGUUUUCAAUGAAGAAUUUCUUUUGUCUAUUUUGACCUGAUUUAGAGGAUAUCUCUCCAAUCUUAGUAAGUUUGAGCCAAACAUACUCUUCAGGAGAUCUUGAGCCAAACAUACUCUUCAGGAGAUCUUGAGCCUUCAUUUACCCUGGUUUCUCUGUGGGGUCUGUGUUGUUUUGACCAAUUAUUUCUGGGUAUGAGAAGUGGCCUGCAGUGUGGUUGAUAUACCCAGUGACACUCCUUUGGAGAAAACUGAUUUUCCCUCUCCCAACAUCUAUCAGUUUGCAAAUAGCUUCUGGGUAGGGUUGGGACUUUGUACCCACUUCCUCUUCUUCAUGCUGGGAUUUUGAUGAUUUGAGUCUGUAUAGGUCUCAUGUAUUCUGUCACAGUCUCUGGGCAUUAAUAUAUGUAUCAGUCCUGUUGUGUUUGGAAGACACUGUUUCCUUGGAGUCAUUCACCACCUCUGAGAGAUCUUACAGUCCUUCUUCCUCCUCUUCUGCAUACAUCCCUGAGCCUUGAGGGGAGGGUUUUGAUGAAGACAUCCCAUUUAGGGCUGAGUGCUCCAAACUUUCCCACUCUCUGUACAUUGUCCACUUGUGGAUCUCCUUGUUAAUUCACAUCUGUACAUCUGUUUCAAGAAGAAGCUCUUUUGGUGGGGAGUGAAUGAUGCACUGAUCAUUUAAAAUUGAUUAUCUCCACUGUGGUGCAUCAUGUAGGGAGUCUUGGGAAAGAAAAAGUUACCUUAUUUAUUUGAUAUAAUACAUUGCAUAUUAUAUUAAUUGAUUUAUCUAUACUUUGUUUUCGUGCAAGAGAAUGUUUACCCCUGUAAAAGUGUUAGUGGCCUGUCACCUUGCAGCUGCUUGGAGACCACUAUUUAACAGUGUGUUUUGACUUAAGUCAUAUGUUUUUCCUCAAAAAAAAGGUAAUUAUGCUAUCAUAAAAAUUUAAAAAUCCCUUUUGGGACUUCUUCAUUGGUGAUGAAAUACUAUACUAUCAUCUUGUUUUUUAGUAUUAAAGAAAUAAGAUUAGAAAUACUUGGAAUGACAGCAGCUUUUGGCUCUUAUUAAACAGCAAAAAGGGGAAAUGGAUGUACAGUUCUGUUUUAUGGUUUAAAAUGUUUAUAUGUUAUAUGUUUAGAUGUUAGACAAUACAAAGGCAGAUGCUAGUAAACUCUACCUUAAAGUAUAAAAGUACAGCAAGUUCAUUUAAAGUUAAUUUUUUUUUAAAAUCACUGGACAGGUUGCUAUAUUCCCAUAAGAAAUCCCUAAUUGCAUUAAAGUAAUUGAAAAGUAUUCAGAAACAGUUUUCUACUCAUGAAAAACACUUUCUUAUUUUGAUUCUAAUGUGCUAUUUAUUUCUUCAUGUACCUUAGGCUAGCCUGGAAUAUGCUAUGUAGCUAAGCCUGGCUUCAGACUCAUGAGCCUCCUGCCGAAGCCUCCCAGAUGUUGGUAUUAGAACAUGAGCACUUCUCUGUUCUUGGAAACACAGAAGUGUUGAGUCCUUGUCUGUAACAGGUGGUAUUUCCUUCUACCUAUGAACAGAUUCUAUAACUGAUCAAUAAUUCAGCAGUUGUUUUGGCUCUAAAUGAAAGAGAUAACAUUCCUAAGAAUUUAUUAUGUAUGUUUCUUGCCACUGAGUGAGCAAGACAAAUACAUACUCAUCAAUGCUGACUGGAUGGUAAUUUCUGAAACAUGAAGCCACAGCUCCUCAUAAAUAACAGAGUAACAGAAUCACCGAGAAGUUGGCAGAGAUCAAUCUCUAGAUGGAUGAGUUAGUCUGUAAGCAAAUAGCUGCUUAGCUUCUAACUUUUAAGGAUGCCCUUGUUUCUAACCUAGAUGCUUGGAUAUCAGUAGAGACGGUAGAAUUUCUACAACAAAAGCUAAUGGGUCAGCAGCUGAGCAUUUUAUGUGAAGACACAUUGUAUUUUAAGUGGAAAGCAUGGAGGAGCAUCCUGCCCUGUCAGAUCUAGUAAAGCACCUUGCCAUGCAAUCACAGAAAUUAGCUAUGACUGUUCAGUGAGUUGAAUUUAACAAUGGUGUCUUGGGAAGAGAAGUUGAAAUAGGUUUUGUUGAUAACCCUCAAAACACCACCAUUAAAACAUUUGGCAGCCUUGUUAUUUUAUUUCAGCCAUGUAUAUAAGACUAUAUUAUGCGACAUGUACUAUGUGUAUGUUAGUUUAAUUUAUAUAAAAGCAUACAUACAUAAAAGUAUACAUACAUAUAUUUAUGUUGUUUGACACUAUUACUGGGAAGAUGUGAAUGAACAUCUACUCACCAAGAUAGGAAACUGACAACAAACCAAAGUAACGAUACCACUAAAAUCCAACCUGAUGAAGCAAUGAUUUUUACUGGGGUUACUUACAGGAAUAUAGGUGAGGGGUUACUUAAAGAAGUAGAAAUGACUCAAUGACAGUUGCAUCAUCAAGAGCCAACCCCAGCGUGGUUGACAUCUCACAAAGAUAGAAACCUGGAGCACACUGCACAACUUAUGGGCAGGUUGAUGGGUUGGGGAGUGUUUCUUCCAGGUAGUUCAGUUGGUCUGAGCCUCUUUUAGGCAACUUUUGUCUAGGAGUGUCUCUGAGCAGUCUUUACUAUUUAUAUUUGCCUGUGGAAUAAGGGACUAGUGCAUUUUGUCAGUUUCAGGGACUUCCUGAAUCUUUAGAGUUGUUUGCUUCCUGCAACUUAACAAGCUCCCUGGCAGGAGGGAGUUUCACCCCUCCUUAUUUUAUUUCUUUCUAUUUUUAUUUUAUGUGUAUGGUGUUUUGCCUGCAUGUAUAUCUGUAUACUACAUUUGUACCUGGUGCUUGUGGAGGCCAGAAGAGGACAUUGGGUACCCUGUAACUGUAUUACAGAUGGUUGUGAGCCAGCAUGUAUGUUGUGGGAAUUUAACCUGGAUCCUCUUCUUAGAACAGUUUUAAUGGGCUUUACUUUUAACAUGGAAUGUUCAUAACACGUUAGCAGUUCUUCCUACCCUUUCCACAUAUUUUUAGUAAAUGCUCCACAGGGACUAAAAACUCAUAGUGUUGCCUAAACUUCCUGUUUCCUUCUCUGGAAACUGCCAGCAUUUCCAAUUCUAUGAGUAAACAAGGAGAUGAUCCAAAAGUGAGUAAAUGUGAUUGAACUUUCAAAUGAAACACAAACCCAAAUGAUUUUCUAUCUCAGAAGACAAGGAAAGAGGUGUCAGGAGUGUGUGUGUGUGUGUGUGUGUGUGUGUGUGUGUGUGUGUGUGUGUGUCUAUGUGUGUGUUGAACACAUAAGAGUAUGUGGAUGUAUGUAUACACAUGUGGAGGCCUGAGAAGAAUAUUUGUGUGUCUUCUAUUGCUUUCUGCCUUAUUGCUUUGAGAUGGGGUCUCUCAUUGAACCAGAAGCUUGCUAUUUUUGCUACACUGACUGGCCAGUGAGUUCCUGGGAUUAGCUUGUCUGAGCUCCACAAUGCUGGGGUUACAGGCAUGUGCAGCCAUGUCCAUCUUUUUACAUGGGCAGUGGGGAUUCAAAAUGAGACCCGCAUGCUUUCACAGAAGGAGCCCUUCCCUACUGAGCUGUCUCCCCAAUCUCCCCGUGUCACAUUUUUAAUAGUCUUCAUACAGCAGUUUCCUCAUUGUGGUGCCUUUUGUAGAUAUGUUUGUGUGUAUGGAAAGCCUUUUUACAUUUGUAUAAUUUUUAUAGUUGUUUACACCUAGAAGUUUUAUUGGGUAUAUCAUUUCAUAGGGGCAAAACCUGCUGUGGAAAAUAUUAGAUAACUGGGGAUAGAUAACCUCAACAGAACUGUAAAGAGAGUUGAGUAUCUUUAUGAUAAUGUACUGCUCCUUUUUAAGCACCAUUCCUCCUGAAAGAAUCUGUACUGUCAGUAAGAAGGUAGGCAUAUCCACUUUUGUUAUUUGUACAUUUCUUGUGUUUGCUAAUGGAAAUGCCAUUCACACUAUUGUAGACAAAUAGGGCUAUGUGCACAGUUGAUGCCUCCUGAAGUAGAAGUAUCUAGAAAAAAAGAAGAAAGUUUGACACUAAAAAGGAACUAGAUAUUGGAAUCUGAUCUUUUAUGCAGUAAGUUGAGUGUACAAGGAUAAGAAAUAUGAG